AUGGCGGUGUUGACCCUGAACCCUGUAUUUGGUUUGAGGAGAUUUUACCUGCUCGUCAUCGAGAACAACAAUCUUGACUUUGUUGUGGAGGGUGAGGACCAAAGGGAGGAGGUCGCAUACUUUGCGGCAGAGGCGAAAGCAUGUCCUCGAGAUCUCUUGGUAGAGCUCCAGGUGCAGAGUCUGCAGAUUGGUGGUAUGCAGAACUUUCUUUCCAUCUGGAGUGACUUCGCGGAUGACAGACGUCCAAAAUUGUUUGUGUCAAUGAUGGAGGAGUUCGAGAUGAAAAAUAGGAUGGUGAAGAGGGAUGUAGAUGAGCCAAGGGGCAUGUCGGUCAAAUGGCUGGGGAGUGAGGGUGUGUUGAACUCGGGCCUUGUGCUCAGACGUUCACAUAUGAUGCAUGGGUACUCUCACCCAUGA